AUGUGGUUAGACUUUGCAAGAGUAUUGAAACCUGUGAGUACCCGACCCGUCCCUACCCGGUCAAGACGAAUAAUAACUCGACCCGAGGCGAGGCAGGUUUGGUUCAGGGCGAGUGUUCGAGCAGGGCAGAACAGGGUCGAGUUUAAGGCGUACCCACCCCAGGCUCUCGUCGUCGCCGCUGCUGAGCCCGUCACCAUCGUUGUUGAGGUCGUCGCUACCUUCCUGCUGAGCCCCUUUUUCUCUAGAAACAUAACCAUUAUGAACCACUACUGCCUUAUGUUCUUCCUUUGCUUCACAUUGCCCUUUGUAUUUUGUGAUGUUGAAAUGCAUUCAGGUCGGUCAACCCAGAUUCUGCACUCUUUCUAUGAAGAAAGAAACUUGACAACGGUGAUGGUGAAAGCAGAACAGACACUCUCUACAUCAAAAAAUUUUUUAAUGCAUGGUUCAUGCACAAACAAAGACAUAAGCAUCUCACAAAGUAGAGAAUCUGCUUCUGGAAUUCCAGAGUACAUUGUGCAAAUUGUGAAUACAUGUGUUUCUGAAUGUGCUCCAUAUGAUAUUCACCUUCGCUGUGGCUGGUUUGCUUCUGCAAGAGUAAUCAACCCAAGAUUGUUCAAGAGGCUCUCUUACGAUGAUUGUUUAGUUAAUGGAGGAAAGCCUUUAGCCUUUAGUCAGAUCGUUAGAUUCACUUACUCCAACUCCUUCUUGUAUCCUCUUGCUUUCAAGUCUGCUAAAUUUUGCUCAACUCCCAAGUAA